GUAUAGGCGCUUGAGUAUUGUAUUUCCUAUAGAAGUAUAAAGUAUGAUUUGUCAUCCAUGAUGACAGGGAACUAUCCUUUCCAUGAUACGGAACGCUAGCAGUGAAACACAGGAAGAGUUUUGUAAUCAUGACAGGAAACUUUCUUUGCUGAAUUUUGCAGCGUUGUUUGCUUGUGUGCAAUAAUGUCACGUUUGUAAUAUCUGGCUCCAGUCAUGCCUUGCUUUGCAACCGAUGUGACUGAAUCUUUAUUCGAUUAUAACUCUUUAAUGAUUCUGUGACCAAACACAUCUUAUAUAUCUGGUCAGUUAGAGCCUACAUAGUCCUGAACUGAAGAAGUUGGGUUGCAACCCGAAGUUGAGUCCAGGGAGGCUAAAGUGACUAGAUUGCUUCAAAAACAAUAAUGGCUGACGGAGAAAGCGGGGGAGGUUCUACGAAAACACUGAAUUUUAACAUUGGUGUUUUGGGGCAUGUUGACAGCGGCAAAACGUCCUUGGCUCGGGCUCUCAGUAGCACUGCCUCCACGGCUGCCUUUGACAAGAACCCGCAGUCCCGGGAGCGAGGGAUCACUCUGGACCUGGGUUUCAGUUCCUUCACCGUGGACCUCCCGCAGCAUCUGGAAGACGAAUGUCGUCCACGCGGCUACGAGAAUCUGCAGUUCACGCUUGUGGAUUGCCCAGGCCAUGCAUCUCUCAUCCGCACAAUCAUCGGAGGUGCCCAGAUCAUCGACCUGAUGGUACUGGUGGUGGACGUGGUGAAAGGGAUGCAGACGCAGACAGCAGAGUGCCUUCUGAUUGGUCAACUGACCUGUUCACGCAUGCUGGUUAUCCUCAAUAAAACGGACCUGUUGCCAAGCAGCAAGAGGCAAAGUGCCAUCGAGAAGAUGACCAAGAGGAUGCACAAGACUCUGGAGAAUACUAGGUUUAAAGACUGUCCCGUCAUAGCAGUGGCAGCCAAGCCAGGAGGUCCUGAGGCAGCAGACACGGAGGAGCCCCAAGGCAUCACCGAGCUAGUGGAGGUGCUGAAGCAGCAGGCCUUCCUGCCCCAGAGGGACGCGUCAGGACCGCUGCUCAUGGCCGUUGACCACUGCUUCUCCAUCCGAGGCCAAGGCACCGUCAUGACAGGAACCAUCCUGCAGGGGGCGGUACGCAUCAACGACACCGUGGAGAUCCCAGCACUGAAGGUGACAAAGAAAGUGAAGUCCAUGCAGAUGUUCCGUCGGCCGGUGAGCGUGGCCAUGCAGGGCGAUCGCCUGGGCGUGUGCGUGACCCAGUUCGACCCCAAGCUGCUGGAGCGAGGAGUGGUGUGCUCGCCCGGCUCCCUGCACACGCUCCACGCCGCCGUCAUCUCCGCCCACAAGAUCGGCUACUUCCGCGGCACGCUGGCCAGCCGCAGCAAGUUCCACAUUAGCCUGGGCCACGAGACCGUUAUGGGCCGCAUCUCUUUCUUUGGUUCGGCGGAUGCUACGGUGGCAUUGGACUCUGGAUCCGGAUCUGGACCCGGUGAGGAGGCUGAGUGUGCGGACUUCUCGUUCGAGCGGGAGUACCGUCAUCAGGACGAGUACGUGAGCGGACCAAGCGAGGGGCGGGACCCCGAGCAGUGGGCCCUAUUGGAGUUUGAGAAACCCGUCACGUGUUCAGCCAACUGCCUGGUGAUUGGCUCUCGGCUGGACACGGACAUUCACGCCAACACGUGUCGGCUGGCCUUCCAUGGCCGGCUGCUGCACGGGAUGGAGGAGAAGAACUAUGUGGAGACCACUCUCCCUCGCCUGCUCAUCAGCAAAGAUAAGCACAGAGAGGGCACCGUGGAACGGGUAACGGAUGACUACACCGUGAUUGGACGAAAUCUGUUUAAGAAGGAGACAAACCUCCAGCUGUUUGUGGGCCUGAAGGUCAGCCUGUCUACAGGGGAGUCAGGUGUCAUCGAGGGGGGCUUUGGGCAGAGUGGGAAAGUAAAGAUCCGCAUACCAGAGGGACUGAAAGAGGAGACAAAGCAGCUUCUGUCCGGCGGUAAGAAGAAAGGAAAGGGGGGCGGGAAGAAUGACGUGGCUAAAGAGGAAGAGCCCAAAAGUGACUCUCAGCCCGUUGUGAUCCAGCUGUGCUUCAAGAGGUACAUCUUCGACCCCAAGAAGAGGAUGGUGCAGUCCUGACCCAUGGUGCAGACAUGUGCGAGAAGCAGACGAACAAUUCUGGAAUAAUUCAAGUGAUUGGCAGCCUGGAAUCAUUAGCAGAAGGACAAUUCUGGAAUAAUUGCAGUAAUGUGCAGCCUGGAUUCAUUAGUCACGAAACAGUGGCACAUAUUCCAAAUGACCUGGGUUUUACCUGUCAAAUUCAAUGAAGUGAUCGUUCAACCAAGAGGUCACCUGAUUGAACUGGACCGGUUAAAAGGGGUGAUUUGGAAUAUGUAGCACUGAAUUCUUUUUUUGUUUUUUGUUUUGCCUGUAUUACUUUUUGUGACAGGAUAGUGAGAGACGGGCAGGAAACGAGUGGGGAGAGAGAGACGGGGAAGGAUCGGCUAAUGACCCGGGCCGGAAUCGAAUCGAACACGGGUCGCCGGUGUAGCAGGCCAGUGCCCUACUGUUAGAGCCACAGUAUGGCCGGCACUGGAUUAUACACUAAUGAAUGCAGGUUGCCCAUCACUACUUGACUGUGGCAGCCGUCAUCCGUCACACACUCAACUGGACUACGCACUACACCUGUCACUCAUUAGUGGUGUCAACAAUAAUCGAUUCAGCAAUGCAUUGCAAUGUGGGGCAGGGCAAUUCAAUAAUCGAUUGGCAAAUGCCAUAAUCGAUGCAGCAUAUAUUUUUUUCAAAUUUCAAUUACAUCCAUGGGCAUUUCCGGAGCAUUCAAAGCAUUGAAAACUGCAGGACUGAUACACACAGCAGCCAUUAAAAUGUUCAGAUUCUGGCUUCUUGCAUUGCCUCAUGACUGAUGAAAAAUUUGCCUUGCACUCAGUAGAAAUGUGACAGUAGAAAUGUAAUGCAUUGCAAUGCAUCGCAGAAUCGGACUGAAAGAAUUGAUUCGAAUUGAGUCGUUACCUCCCGAAUCGUAAUUGAAUCGAAUCGUAAGGGCAGUGCCAAUGCACACCACUAUCACACACAUAAGCUCAAGUCAGUCUUAUUCCACCCCAUCCUCUUCUCUGCCCUCUGUCCUCUUGUCCCUCCUCCAUAGAAGAAAACAAUUAAGUGUCCCUGCUGUCAAAAGUGCGGGACAGCUUUUUCGGAGGCUUUCCCCCAUUAAACAUCCAAAUUUGGAUAUGGAAGCAUGACAUCUGAAUUAUGUUUUUGCAAGAUAUUGCUAGUAUCUAGAGACUGGAAAAAAGGUCUGUUUAGAAUAAAAAGCUUUAUUAACACGGUAUUUCUUACUCCUUUAUUAAGAGAUGUAAAUGUUUCGUUGAUAAUUAGUUGAGUAUUUACAAAGUGUUAAUAAAGCUUUUUAAAGACUGUUAUUCUAAAGUGUUACCCUAGAAUGACUUGAAGACAAAAAUACAUCUAAGAACCAACUGGAGCCACCAUGACAUCACGACAGCUAUGAACAUUGUGACAAAAGACCACAUCAAAGAAUCUUUUUUUUUCCCUCACACAUGACACACUAUAAAACUAUGCUACCCACA